AUGCCUGAACUUACAUACUCUUCUGAUCUCACGAAGUCCUUCACGGCUGCUAACGCUUUCAACUUUCCCGAUCAACAAUCUGUCUACUUCAACUGCCAAGUGAGAAUCUGCUACAAGCUAGACGAAGGAUGCAAUGACAUUACGCCUCCCCGCUGUGGUAUACUCCCAUCGCAGGAUGAAACCCUGGCUCAUGAUCUCGACAAUGAUCAGCUGAUUACGUCAUCGACGGAAUCGACGACAACUAGCACAUCUACAACAUCUACCACUACUAGCACAUACACAACAUCAACUAGCACUGAGGCUCCAGAGACGACAACUACUUUCCCUACGACAACUACUGUAUACACUACCGUAACAGAAUUGACAUCUACUACCGGUAGGAUGUGUCUUACUUGUUUUAUAGAAAAGAGUUCGAAUUAUGAGAUUACAGCAGCACCGACGACAUUUGCCACGACUCUGAAUGCUACUGGAUUCCCAACUCCCGCAUCGCUACGCAGUUUUAUGAAAGAUGCCGGUUUUAGUGAUACUAUGAUAGCAUCACUGGAAGAUGGUGAUGUCACAGAAGGAUCUGGGUUCGAAAUUGCUCGGGCAACUCCUGUCUCACUUAUCCGGGCAGGUCACAUUCCUACACAUCCUGGUGAGAGUGUAGAAAAUGAUGUGGUACAGUUGAAACGAGAGAUG